UCUCUCUCUGAGUUCGGGUUCUCAAAAUGAGUUCCAUAGCUGUGAGAAUUGCAAAGGUUUUAAGAAUCUCUGCUACUGCCAGGCCCUUCUCUGCACUAGGUUCUUCUUCGUCUCCAUUCAUCUCCCUUUCUCUUUGCAAUCUCCAUCAGUUUUAAUGCAAAACUUACAUGAACAUAUUUAACUCUCUUCAUGUCUGGCGAUCACUGUCAAAAGAGAACGCAUAGGUUUUCUAGUAAUUAUGGGCUCUUUGGGCAUUCCACGUUUUCUCUCAGCGGAAUUUUCUCGAACAGUUGAUGUGCAGUACCACAUAAUGAGCUUGCAAGGGAGCUCAAAAUCUUGCUAUUCAACUGCAUCAAUGGAGAGUGACAAUGAUUCUGCGAAAAAUGAUGAAAUGGGAGACGUGGUCGAUGAUAUUCUUAACGGGAAGCUAGAAUUGGAGCCUCAAGGUGUGAAUCCCAGUCGUGGGUGGGGAUUUCGAGGUGUGCAUAAGGCAAUUAUUUGUGGAAAAAUUGGGCGAGCUCCUGUGCAGAAGAUCUUUAGAAAUGGCCAAGCUAUAACCAUCUUUACCGUUGGAACCGGGGGAAUGUAUGACCAAAGACAUGUUGAAGCAAAAGACUCGCCAAAACCAGCACAAUGGCAUCGAAUAGCUGUCCAUAAUGAACGCCUCGGAGCUUUUGCAGUUCAGCAACUUGCAAAAAACUCUUCAGUUUAUGUUGAGGGUGACAUUGAAACUAGAGUUUACAAUGACAGCAUCAAUGGGGAAAUUAAAAAUGUGCCAGAGAUAUGUGUUCGCCGUGAUGGGAAGAUCCGUCUUAUAAAAGCUGGAGAAAGUGUCAAUAGCACAUCCUUCGAGGAUAUCCGAGAGGGACUAUUUUAGUCAUAAAAAAAGGGCAAUUUUAUUGGUGAUAUGAUUUUAGAGAGAAUAAUGUGCUUCUGCUAUAGCAGUUGUUUAGUGCUUCAUAGUGCCACUUUAAAUAUUGUGACUAAUUCUCUCAACCUUUUCUGUCAGGAGAGGGACUAUUUUAGUCAUUUGUGAAUAUUUCAUUCUCCAAGAGUACAAGAGUAAGAAAACUAACAUUAUGUUAGCUUAUACGAUUGUAAUCAGGCUAAAGAAAAAUUGCUUUACUUCUUUUGGUUUUCAAG